AUGUCAAUUAAACCUGUUUCAAUUACUGUCCCACAACCUUCAACUCAAAGGGGGCAAGCCACUCAUAUUUCCUAUGAUCCUAAACAUGAACGUUUGGCCUAUGUCAAUGGGAAAUCAAUUAUUGUGAGACCAGUCGAUUAUAAAUCGACUUCGCCUACAAUUGUUUUCAGUAAACAUAUUUUCCCAACUACUGCAGUUAAAUUUUCACCAUCAGGUUUUUAUAUUGCUUCCGGUGAUGAAUCGGGUCAGAUCAAGAUUUGGGAUGUUUCUCCUAAAUCAGAACCAACUUUUGAGCAACCAAUUAUUAAAAGUGAAUUUCAAGUCAUGUCAGGUCCAAUUAGAUCAAUUGCUUGGGAUGCUGAUAAUUCCCGUAUAAUUGCUGUUGGUCAAGGUAAAGAAAAAUUUGGACAUGCUUUCUCUUGGGAUUCCGGUAACUCCAUUGGUGAUAUCCAAGGACAUAGUUCUGCUAUUAAUGCAGUUGAUAUUAAACCUCAAAGACCAUACCGUGCUGCAACUGUGGGUGAUGAUCAUGCCAUGGUUUUCUUCAAUGGUCCUCCAUUUAAGUUUGAUAAGAGUUUAAGAGGCAAACACACUAAUGUUGUUAGAGAUGUCAAGUUCAGUCCAGAUGGACAAUAUAUUGUGUCUGUUGGAUCUGAUAGAGUGAUUAAUAUUUAUGAAGGAAAAACUGGGGAAUUCAUUAAAGGGAUUGAAAAAGCUCAUGAAGGUGGUAUUUUUGCUGUCGCUUGGUUACCUGAUUCCAAGUCUUUUAUCACUGCUUCGGCUGAUAAUACAUUGAAGAAAUGGGAUGUAGAAAGUGGUGAAUCUGAUCAAACUUAUCAAGUCAGUAAGACUACAAGUGUUGCCAAUCACCAAAUUGGCUUAGCAUUGACUAAAGAUUAUAUUGUUUCCCUUUCAUCCAACGGGAAUUUGAAUUAUUUCAAGCACAGUGGGGAAUUGGAACAAGUUGUUAAAGGACAUCAAUCCCCAAUAACCAAAGUUGAACAUACCAAAGGUACUAUUUUCAGUGGUGGAUCUGAUGGUAAAUUCUUUAAAUGGCAAGUUGCCAAAGAAGGGUUGGAAGCUUUACCUGUAUUACAAGAUGAUGAUGAGCAUACCAACUAUAUUGUUGAUAUUUUAACUGUUGAUGAUGUUACCUACACAACAGGGUGGGAUGAUACCUUGAAAGUUUGGAAAGAAGGUAAAGUAACCAAAUCAGUUAAAUUACCUGCUCAACCUAAACAAUUGAGUAAAAUUUCUGCUGGUGUGAUUGUUUUAUUUGAAUCUCAAUUACAAUUAUAUUCAGAUUUACUUGAAUUGAUUGCAGAAGAAAAGUUCAACUUUAAUGCCACAUGUAUUGCUCCAAUUGAUGCUGAUGGUCUGAAAGUUUUGGUCACCAAUAACUCUACCAAUACCAUUGAAGAAUUUGAAAUUAAUGGCGAAAAUAUCAGUAAAUCUUCAAAGGAAUUUCCUAAAAUGCGUUCUCCACCAACAUUAAUUAGAGUUUCACCUGAUGGAGAAUAUUUUGCUGUUGCUGAUUCAGCUGGUAAGUACACUUUAUUUAAAAGUUCUGAUGGUAGUGUUGUUUCUACUCGUUGGGCAUUCCAUACCAGUAGAGUCUAUGAUGCUAAAUGGACUCCAGAUUCCAAAUAUUUGAUCAGUGGUGGUUUAGAUAGUGGAUUAUUUUUGUAUUCUGUAGAAAGACCAUCCAAAGUUAUCAAAUUUCCAUUGGCACAUGCAUCAGGUGUUUCUAGUUUAGAUUGGAUUGAAUUUGAUUCAGAUAAGAAAUCAGGUACUUUCGUAACUUCCGGAUUAGACGCCACUAUUAGAACAUGGGAUGUUUCUAUUUAG